AAAUAUCGGACUAGAAAAGGUACCCUUGCUAUGAAUGUAUUAGGAGUAUGUUCACCCGAGAUGGAAUUUAUAUAUGUCUUACCUGGUUGGGAGGGGUCGGCACACGAUGGUCGGAUUCUUCGAGAUGCUAUUUCUAGGCCUAAUGGGUUGAAAGUUCCAAAAGGUUGUUAUUAUCUAUGUGAUGGAGGAUAUACUAAUGGAGAAGGAUUCCUUGCACCCUAUAGAGGGCAUCUUUAUCAUCUUAGAGAAUGGAAUAAUGGCCCCCGACAACCCCAAACCGCCGAAGAAUAUUUCAACUUAAGGCCUGCAAAAGCUAGAAAUGUGAUUGAGAGAUGCUUUGGAUUACUCAAGGGAAGAUGGGGGAUUCUUAGAAGUCCUUCUUGGUUUAGUUUACAAACACAUGGUCGAAUUGUACUUGCUUGUGCUUUAUUACAUAAUUUGGUAAAGAGAUACAUGCUUGCAGAAUUUGAUGAUGAGGACUUGUUUGAGGAAAAUGAUAGUGAUGAUAAUGAUGGUAAUGAUAAUGAUGGUGAUGUUAAUGAGGAAGAUGAUGUGGAGUACAUAACCUCCAUUGCUGUAACCGAUCCAUGGACGAAUUUCCGAAAUACAAUGGCCCAAUAUAUGUUCAAUGAUUGGAGGGCUAGACAACGCAGACUUACUUUGUGAUGUUAUUCAUUUUUA